GAGUUGUCUGAACGCACCCGAUUUUUGGCGCCAAUUUGAUGAAAUCCAUCAGAGUGACGUCAUUCGUCGCUCUGGACACGAUUCAACUUGUUGCAUCGGUUGCGAACAUACGCUGUAAGAUCCAAAUGUAAAAUAUUAAUUUAUUAUGGUGUUGUCAGAGUUAAUCGGUGCUAAAAACAAAAAGUUAAUUUGAGGCUGACGUGAAAGAUCACGUAAGGAAAAAAAUAAUGAAGAAAAAAUAAUAAAGGAUGUUUAAAGAAAAACAGCAAUAGCUUCCAGUUGAAGAGGCUGAAGAAAGUUUUAAAAAGACAACACAUCGCACAAACGCGAGAGGUUUGAAUUGCAACAAAUAAAAAGAAGAAGAAAAAAAACUUUCUGAAUCAAAUAUGGACAGAAGAAAAUUGUUGUCUAAGAAAAAUUUAUUGCCGGUCAGCCAGUCGUCGGAAAGAAGCGACACUGUCUUUGGCAACAAACAAACAAGAGACAGUAUCCAAGAGAAGAGUCAAUCAUCGUUCGACGAUGACAGAUUGUCAUCUAUACGAUCGUCGGUGUUAAAAUCACUGAAUCAUUCGCCACUGAGUAGUAUUUCUUCUAUCAAUAAAAAUAAAAAACGAAGUUUUAACGAGGUUGACAAUGAUUUAUCAGAAAAUGAUAAUUUUUGUGUUAGCAGUAAGUUGUUGAAAACAACCAAGUCGUCGGUGACGAAAGAAGCGAUUGAUAAAAUAUCAUCUAGCAGAAUCUUCGAUACGAGCCAGCGGGAGAAUGUAUGUUCGUUAGAAACUAGAAUAUCGGAAACAAAGAAGACAGAAAAAUCAUCGGUCGCAUUAACCGGUGGUGGAUGUCAGAAUACAAAUUUGGAGAAGCGAGAUUUGGACGAUCUCUCAUGCGACGACGACGAGUCCGCGGUUGUUAAGAAGAAACAGAAUAAAAUUUUAUCGAGCAGAAACUCGCAGCGUACCGGCAAAAUUGGUAAUGGUAAUUAUGAUUCUCCCGAGAAAUUACUUUCUUCCAUUCGCAGAUCAUCACCCGUUAAGCCAACCGCUAAACAUGAUGUUUCUGAGAAGAGACAGAACGCAGAACUUAAUUCAUGCGUGGAAUCAGACAAGUACGGAUCGAAGAAUACAAGAGAACAUUCGAAACCUCGUCAUGUAUCGUCGGUUUUUGUGAAUUUCCUGCAAAAAAGCGGAAUUACAUUGUCAACCGAUGGUGUAUACGUACUCAAUGUUUCCGCAUCGAUUGCCAAAAGGAAGAUGAGAAAAAUUUUUAAUUCAAAGCAGUAUCAGAAAAAGGACAUUGUCGAUUCCUUGGAACAGUAUGUUCAGGACGAAGAGAAUUUUCAAAAUAUGUUAAGCAACAUGGAGUUGUCUACCGACAACAAGAGUUACAGCGUUCUGAACAAUAUGUCUCUUGCAAAAAUACUGCUGGAAGUUACAGAAAUCCAAACGGAUGUGUAUAACAUCUUUGUGUCUAAACUUAAUGAAUCUGUUCUCCUGGCUGAUAGUCCAGAGAAAAUUCCCUGGGCAUUGCUACUGUUGCAUCAGUUCCGAUUUUUGGACACCAUAGCCGAUGUUGACGUAUUAACUACAAACAUAGAACAGCUACUGGAAACGUGUCCUUCGUGGUUUCAACGUGAAAUUGUCCUAUUCUUGCCUGACAUAUUGUCGGAUACCCAACAUCAACACAUCGCCGAGAUUCUAACGAACAUGUUGGAAGAAAAUUGCGAACUGACGGCUACAAUUUUAGACUGCAUCACCAGCUUCAAUCUUAGCAAAGAAUAUUUGGAAGAAUACAAACUUAAAAUAUUACAUUUGUUAAAAACAAACAUGAAAGUGGAAUUUAUACCGACCGUCAUUAAGUUUUUGCUUAAUGAUUGCGCAAGUCCCGAAAUUGUCAAGCAACUCGUGCUCGCGCUGCGAAAUAUGGAAACGCAACCACUGGCUGGAGACAGUAUCGAGGACUGUUACAAAAAUCAAGUACAAAUAGUUAAAGCGUUAAAAAUAUGUAUGUUAUUGAACAAAGAGAUAAUGCAUUCCGCGUUAAAUGUGAUAAAAGAUAUCAAUAAGAAUCCAAAGCCGUUGGAUCUAAUCGUUUUGCUUCUGAUAUUUGGCGGAACGGCGAAGCCAAAAAUUGCCGAAACCUUGUUGAAGCAAAAUGUGCAGUGUGGAUUUUACAGAAUAAGUUUGCUCCACACGCUUUACAAUGAUUACAAACAGGUUGUUCAAGAAUUGCAACCGUUAAUAUUGCAACUGGCAAGUAAAUUAUUAAAGUCCAAAGAUUACGUGUUUAUUAGUUUUGGCAUAGAGUGGUUCCGCUUGCAGUUUGUCAUUCAGAAAGACACGUUCGCGUACAAACAACGUGAGAUCAUAGAGAAGAUCAUUCUUCUCAUGGGUAACAACGAUCAAACCAUGAAACACACGCUUACCGUGCUCUGUAAAAUGGCAGAGGACACGGUAGAGAGAGAUUGUUUGGUGACGCACUGCAAUCAUCUGAGAAUUUUAUUAGAAAAGAUAGAUUGCUUCGGACUUGAGGAAGUUGGGAUUUUGAGCGACUUGUUGCACAAGCUGUGCUUGAUCGACGAUUCCGCUUCGGAAUUAUUAAGAGAUGAUUUAUUUAUAUUGUUGCAAAAACAAUUGUCCGCUGCCAAACCGAUUACAAAAUGCAAAGGUGUGAUGGGUGCGGUAAUGGCGAUAAAACAUUCAGCAGUGAAGACCGAAACUAGUGAUAAGGCUUUGAAGUUAUUUGAUAGAGUAAUGAAAAGCGUGAAAAGUUGUUCAAAAUCGCUACCUUUGUUUUAUGAUCAAUUAGCGCAAAUAAUUGCCGAAACCGAAUCUAUAGAUGCGAAUUUUGUUCGAACAAUAAGUAACCGUAUCGAGGAUGAAUUUGUUAACACAUAUAUGACGGAUAAAAUACAACAGAACGACGAUUUGGUACCUAAAUUUGGACUGAAUAACGUUGAAAGUGAGCCGCAAAGUUGCGUUUUAAAUUUUGGAAAUAAACGAAGCGGUCCAAUCGCACCGAUAUUGUUUCGACUUCUCAAGACAUGUUACAUGAGGCUUAGCAGCCGAGGAGAAUUGGAGGCUAUAGACGCUCUUUUGGGAUGUGGAAUGUUGAUGCCCCAAAACUUUGAUAUACCAGACCAUUCGGUACUGGAUCUCGUUAUAUGCGGUAUCAAUUGGUUUAGAGAAGUAAUUACGGGUUUUGUCACACAAACAGAUCUUUUGCUACAAAACCAAGUACUAAAACGUUUAGAUAAUUUAAUAUAUUUGCAAGGUGAACUAAAUACACUGUUACUUUUAUGCGACACAAAAUAUCAACCGUCACCGUGUUACUUUCAUUACUUUCCACUACCUCCGUUUGUAACAAUCGAAAAGAAGAUUAGUAAAAAAGGACAGAAGACAGGUAAAAAAAAGAAAUCUAACGCAACUGCGGAGAACACGUCGUCGAGGGAGUUCGGUUCCACACUGUGUUCUAAGAAUCCAGCGUAUUUUAGAAAGUUUGACGCAAAGAUAGCCCAUCUUCUGGAUGUCAAGAUAGAAUCGUCGCAGCUUGGAACGCAAACAAUAUCAACAAAGCAAGCCUCUUUCGUCGUGAGGGAACUUCUGUCGAUAUUCGAAAGCGAAGCUUCCGAAUCUUUUGUGAAAGAUCUAAUAAACUUGUUGCCAAAGAUCUGUGCCAAAUUGGACGACGUUGUCAAUAAACUAAGAGAAAAUAAUACGUGCGAUUUGAGAGAAGCCGCGAGAUUGUUGCUGUGUCUUCUCGCAAAAAUUUUCAAUUGGAAGGGAUUUUUCAGCGUAACGUACAACACUUUGCUGCGCGAAGGACUGCGUACUCUGGCCAAACAAAUUGACAAAAACAAUGCGCAACUGCGGUCUUGCAAGGAACUUGUCGCGGAAUCGUACAAGUAUUUCGAAUCGUUGUCAGACAUAGCUACCGAAAUAUCAUUAGCUACCGCUCUCGUCAACAUGUGUCAGUCGUUAAUGAAACAUUCAGAAACCUACACCCAACAAUACAAGAACAAACACGCAAAAUUAGCAUAUGGAUUUCUCUGUCUGGAAUGGUUUGAAGACAAGCACACCGGUUCGCAAUAUAGAUUGUUUAUUAAUCAGUUAUUGAACAAUUGGAUAGACAACGAACCUUCGCCGUUGGAUACGGUAACAUCGAUUUUGGAAUGGUUACCGAGUGAAGUUUCCAAUUUCGAAGAAGGUGGAAAUAAUUUAACGAGAAUUCCUUCGAUAAAUGGAAAUACCUUCCACUUAUUGUAUAAGAAAUUGUUCGAUGGUUUCAUCAAGGGUAUCAAUAUAUCAUUGUUAACGGUAAACUCAGAUCCAAAGAGAAUACAAGUAUGGCGCAAUGUUGCUUCGAAUAUUCAAAAACUUAUACAGAUAUGUAAAACUUUAAAGCGAAAGGCCACCGUACAAUUGUUUCUACGAUACAUGCCUCUAUUGAUAAAACAAUUUCUAAACACUGGCAUGCCAAUACUCGAACACAACUUGAAAUAUCAAACAGAUGAUGUUAUUAGUAUUUUGAAAAUUAUGCAAAGUGGUACGCGCUACUUAAGUGCGAUUUGUGUUGACGGUAUAGAAAAGAAAAAUUUGCUGAUGACUAAAUAUAUACCUGCGGCAAAAUCAUUAGCAGAGAAGCUGCUUUACAGUGUCAAAGCAAUGAUGGUACUCAACGAUAGCGGAUCAGCUUUUUGGAUGGGGAAUCUUGUCAAUAAAAAUUUAGACGGCCGUGAAAUUCUUUCACAGACAUCGUCGGAAGAAACUACGUUACCAGAAAUGGACGCUAUUUCUGAGGAAGCGAUAAAUGCGUCGUCUGAAAUAUUAGAUUCUGAUUUAGACGAAGAUCCGAUAGAAGAAACAGACAAUGAAGACAUUGAAGACGAUGAUUUAUAGUUGUGUUUAACGUACGCCGUGAAAUAAUUAUGAAAUAAUUUAAAAUUUAUUUUUUAUUUUUGUCAUUAUUAUUUAAACAAAUAUAAAAGAAGAUAUUUGAAACAUGCAAGCGCGCAUGUAUUCACGUGUUAUGUACGGGCGUUUUUGCCCGUUUUUUCUCGUGAUAUAAAUUACUAAGUACGAAUAAAAAUAUAUAACAGAUAUGUAAAAUACAAACGUUUACUAUUCUUGGUAGUUUAUAGAAUAGAACAAUAUAGCUCUAUACAAAGACGAUUUACCUAUAUAUCGUACAUUCUAUCUUAAACUGCCAAGACCCUGUUUGGUUACCAGUGUCCACUAGUGUGAGAAAGAGCAUAUAAAACAAGUUUUCUACAUAUAUAUAUAAUAAUAAAGCCUGUAUCAAACAUCAAAUUACGAAUAAAGCCAAAUCCACGUUUAGUGAACUUGGUUCCGAAUUAUCACAUUUCAAUUUAAUCCUAACUCUCUCUUUUGAUACAAGCCAUCUCUUUGUUGAUAAUGUUCUGAUACAUUUUGUUAAAAUUUGUUAGGAUUUUCCAGACAUUUUUAAAAACUUGUAUCAAAAGAACAUAACCAGCAGGAAGAUGGAACGAACACUCAGGCCCUGAGCACAAUAGAGAAAAUAUUAGGAAUAAAAAUACAUAAUAAAUAUGUAGAAAAGGGAUUUGAAAUAAUGUUACAUGAAACAAGAGAAACGAAAUAGAUUACUUGUUCCAAAUUCUUCUUUCUUACUAUGAUACAUUAUACUAUUUUCUUGAUUUGUAAACAAUUAAUUUGAAUUUCUUACUUAACAUUUCUUCCUAUUCUUAAAAUUUGGCCUAUUACGCUAAGGGCCUUUGUUGCUACAUGCAAAUGCAGUUUAUGUCAUUUUGUGUGCGAUUCUUACGACUGUUCUUCAUACACAUUGCAACAUCAUUUGAACAAAUGAGCACAUCUAACAUAAAGUAACCAUAAUACUUUUGUAACAAUAAAAGAUGCACAUCAUAGACUUAUAUAUAAAUAGACCCAGCGUUCUGUGAGAGGAGUUGUCCGCGUCUUCUAAAGGACGGAACGAUAUGCAUCCAGGUGCUGUCUCCGUCGCUCCGCCGGUCUGGAGGGGGAACGUCGAUGGAUAACGUUGAAGG